UGCCCGCGCACGGCUCGCGAGCAGCUCGUCACCGUGUCUCCCGUUGCUCUGUAUUUAUACGGCGCCCCGGUGCGCACAAAGGCACAAGUGUGCCUCGUCUCUGGAGGCAGAGCGCGUGAGUGAGUGAGUGAGUGAGUGAGUGAGAGCCGUGCAGCCGCUGCUGAGGCGACGCCGAGAGAGCGCAGGAGUUUUAGCCCAAGUUCCCGCAGCCGCAGCAGCAGCAGCAGCAGCAGCAGGUCGCUGUGACGCCGACCUCGUUCUCAGGGAAACCUCCCUGGGGACACAGAUACUCACAAAAGCACACACACACACACACACACACACACACACACACACACACACACACACACUCUCACAGACCACCUCACAGGCACCAUGCAGGAGUCAGAGCCCACGGUGUGCCAGCUGCAGCCCAACAUCAUCUCCGUGCGUCUUUUCAAGAGGAAGCUUGGUGGUCUGGGCUUCCUGGUGAAGCAGAGGGUGUCCAAGCCACCUGUCAUUGUGUCAGACCUCAUUCGCGGCGGCGCAGCGGAGGAGUGUGGCCUGGUGCAGGUGGGCGACAUCAUCCUGGCUGUCAACAACAAGCCCCUGGUGGAUCUGUCCUACGAGCGGGCCCUGGAAACGCUGAAGAACGUGUCCCCCGAGAGCCACGCGGUGCUGAUCCUGCGCGGCCCCGAGGGCUUCACCACCCACCUGGAGACCACGCUGUGUGGGGACGGCCGCCAGCGCACCGUGCGGGUCACGCGGCCCGCCUUCCCAGCCUCCAGGUCCUGCGAGCUGCACCCCCCCCUCAGCCCGCUGACCCCCGGCCAGCAGCAGCAGCAGCAGCAGCAGCAGCUCAGGGCCUCCUCCAUCCUGCAGAGGGCGGAGCUGCAAAGCCAGGACCCCCUGCUGAGAGACGGGGGCUGCGGCGCCGUCCUGUGCAACGGGCUGGAGGAGAACAACGAGCUGCUGAGGGAGAUCGAACCAGUGCUGCGCCUCAUCAAAAACAGCAAAAAGGGGCUGAACGGCGAGGGCCAGAGGAACGCGGCCAGAAGGGACGCGGAGAUCCAAGUGACCUGGGACCUCGGAGGAGGAAUCAACGCAGCUCUGCAGGUGGCAUCAGAUAACGACAAGAUGCUGGAAAACAUGUCGCCGGUGCUCAACAACGCUGACAUCGACAAGCCGGGGGCCGAGAGCCAGACGUCGCCGACCCGGACGCAGCAGAACGGCAGCCCCACCAAGUGCCCGCGCUUCAUGAAGGUCAAGAACUGGGAGAACGGCGCCAUCUACAACGACACGCUGUACCACAACGCCAGCAAGACGCCACUGUGCUCUGAGAACGUGUGCACCGGCUCCGUGAUGAUCCCCAACGUUCGCAAGGCGGACGAGGCCAGGACGAGAAAGGAGCUCCUGCCGCUGGCGACGGACUUCUUGGACCAGUACUACACCUCCAUCAGGAGGUUCGGCUCUAAGGCGCAUCUGGACCGGCGGGAGGAGGUGACCAAGGAGAUCGAGGCUUCGGGGACGUACCAGCUGAAGGACACUGAGCUGAUUUAUGGGGCCAAGCACGCCUGGAGGAACGCUGCCCGCUGCGUCGGCCGGAUCCAGUGGUCCAAGCUGCAGGUGUUCGACGCUCGAGACUGCACCACCGCCCAUGGAAUGUACAACUACAUCUGCAACCACAUCAAGUACGCCACCAACAAAGGCAACCUCAGAUCGGCCAUCACCAUAUUCCCUCAGAGGACAGAUGGCAAGCAUGACUUUCGAGUGUGGAACGCUCAGCUGAUUCGCUACGCAGGCUACAAAAUGCCGGACGGACAGAUUCUGGGAGACCCCGCCAAUGUGGAAUUUACCGAGAUCUGCGUGCAGCUGGGGUGGAAGGCACCGAAGGGCCGCUUCGACGUCCUGCCCCUGCUGCUGCAGGCCAACGGCAACGACCCCGAGCUCUUCGAGAUCCCAGAAGACCUCAUCUUGGAGGUGCCCAUCACACACCCCAAGUUCGAGUGGUUUAAAGAGCUGGACCUGAAGUGGUACGGCCUCCCCGCAGUCGCCAACAUGCUGCUGGAGAUCGGAGGCCUGGAGUUCACCGGCUGCCCCUUCAGCGGCUGGUACAUGGGCACGGAGAUCGGCGUGAGGGACUUCUGUGACAGCUCGCGCUACAACAUCCUGGAGGACGUUGCAAACAAGAUGGCCUUGGACACCAGGAAGACGUCCUCGCUGUGGAAAGACCAAGCCCUGGUGGAGAUCAACAUCGCUGUUCUGCACAGCUUCCAGACAUGCAAAGUGACCAUCGUGGACCAUCACUCGGCCACCGAGUCCUUCAUGAAGCACAUGGAGAACGAGUACCGGGUGCGGGGAGGCUGUCCUGGAGACUGGGUGUGGAUCGUUCCUCCCAUGUCCGGAAGCAUCACACCCGUGUUCCACCAGGAGAUGCUCAACUAUCGCCUCACCCCCUCCUUUGAGUAUCAGCCUGAUCCUUGGAAUACCCACGUGUGGAAAGGAGUCAAUGGGACGCCCACCAAGAAAAGAGCCAUCGGCUUCAAGAAGCUCGCCAAGGCUGUGAAGUUCUCGGCCAAGCUCAUGGGCCAGGCCAUGGCCAAGAGGGUGAAGGCCACCAUCCUGUUCGCCACCGAGACGGGCAAAUCACGUGACUACGCCAAAACGCUGUGUGAAAUCUUCAAGCACGCGUUCGACGCCAAGGUCAUGUCCAUGGACGAAUACGACGUGGUGGAUCUGGAGCACGAGACACUGGUGUUAGUGGUGACCAGCACAUUUGGCAACGGAGACCCCCCUGAAAAUGGAGAGAAAUUUGGAGGUGCCUUGAUGGAAAUGCGCCAUCCAACAUCCAACAACGAAGACAGGAAGAGCUACAAGGUCCGUUUCAACAGCGUGUCGUCCUACUCUGACACGCGCAAGUCGUCCAGCGACGAGCCAGAAACCAGGAUCAACUUCGAAAGCACGGGGCCUCUGGCCAACGUCAGUGAAGAGUUAAAGAAGAGAGAAUCCUCAAACAUGAGCGCUGAAUGCCAAACAGCAAAGCGGCAGGAGGGACCUGUUGUGAAAAAAAAACCUCUCAGGUUCUCAGUGUUUGGCCUUGGCUCCAGGGCCUACCCACACUUCUGCGCCUUUGCCCACGCUGUGGACACGCUGUUUGAAGAGCUGGGGGGGGAGCGCAUCCUACGCAUGGGCGAGGGAGAUGAGCUGUGUGGCCAGGAGGAGUCCUUCAGAACCUGGGCCAAGAAGGUUUUUAAGGCCGCCUGCGACGUCUUCUGCGUCGGCGACGACGUGAACAUCGAGAAGGCCAACGACUCGCUGAUCAGCAACGAGCGCAGCUGGAAGAAGAGCAAGUUCCGCCUGACGUACACGGCCGAGGCCCCCGCCCUCACAGAGGCGUUGCACACUAUACACAAGAAGAAGGUCUUUGGAGCGAAGAUGCUCGAAUCUCAAAACCUGCAGAGUCCCAAAUCCAAUCGCUCCACCAUAUUUGUGCGGCUCCACACAAACAACCACGACAGCCUGAGCUACAGGCCCGGCGACCAUCUGGGCGUCUUCCCCGGCAACCACGAGGACCUGGUGACGGCGCUCAUAGACAAACUGGAGGACGCCCCACCUGUCAAUCAAAUAGUCAAAGUGGAGUUCCUGGAGGAGAGGAACACUGCCCUAGGCGUGAUCAGUAACUGGACCAGCGCCAGCCGCAUCCCCCCGUGCACCAUCUACCAGGCCUUCCAGUACUUCCUGGACAUCACCACGCCUCCCAGCCCCGUGCUGCUGCAGCACUUCGCCGCUCUGGCAACCAGCGACAAACACAAAAAGAAACUCGAGCUCUUGAGCAAGGGGCUGCAGGAGUACGAGGAGUGGAAGUGGUACAACAACCCCACGCUGGUGGAGGUGAUGGAGGAGUUCCCCUCCAUCCAGGUGCCCUCCACGCUGCUGCUCACCCAGCUGCCCCUGCUGCAGCCGCGCUACUACUCCAUCAGCUCCUCGCCGGACCUGCACCCGGGGGAGAUCCACCUGACCGUGGCCGUGGUGUCGUACCGCGCCAAAGAUGGAAGAGGACCCACACACCACGGCGUGUGCUCGUCGUGGCUCAACCGGAUCGAGAAGGGGGAGAUGGUGCCGUGCUUCGUCCGAGGCGCGCCUUCGUUCCAGCUUCCCAAAGACGACCAGGCUCCCUGCAUCCUGGUGGGUCCCGGAACAGGCAUCGCCCCCUUCAGAAGCUUCUGGCAGCAGAGACUGUACGACCUGGAGCACAAAGACGUCCAGCCGUGCCCCAUGAUCCUGGUGUUCGGCUGCCGUCAGUCCGAGAUGGACCACAUCUACAAGGAGGAGACCAUCCACGCCAAGAACAAGCAUGUGUUCAAGGAGCUCUACGGGGCCUAUUCCAGAGAGCCGGGCAAACCAAAGAAAUACGUGCAGGACGUGCUGCGCGAGCAGCUGUCAGAGUCGGUGUAUCAGUGCCUGAGGGAGGAGGGCGGACACAUCUACGUGUGCGGAGACGUCACCAUGGCCGGAGACGUCCUCAAGACCGUGCAGCAGGUCAUCAAGCAGCAGGGCAACAUGAGCCUGGAGGACGCCGGCUUCUUCAUCAGCAAGCUCCGGGACGAGAACCGCUACCACGAGGACAUCUUCGGCGUCACCCUGCGCACCUACGAGGUCACCAACCGGCUGCGCUCAGAGUCCAUCGCCUACAUCGAGGAGAACAAGAAGGACUCGGACGAGGUUUUCUGCUCGUAGGUUCACCAUCUGGGGGCUUUCCGACAUCAGCCGGUCUGAAGGCCGCAGCAACGCUGGUUGAAGAAUACUGUGCCAAUUUUUUUGUACUAUAUAUAAAAAUGGAUUUCUUUCUCUUUUUUAUACCACUCUAAUGUUUCUGUGGGGCUCUGCAGUUUUUUUUGUCUGUAGCAAGUUGGAGAUGUUCUGUUCUGAGAAUCUGUUUUGCUUGUUGAUGAUACUUCCAAAAAUGAUAAAUUGAUCAUUUUGAUUCAUAAUGUGUGCACCUAUUGUAAUGACCUGCCUCAUUGUGAAUGCAUGACCAAGACAAGAAUAUAAUCAAGAAAUAUUAUUCUCUGUGUUAUUGUUAAAGUAUAAAAAAGGCUUUUUCUGAGGUUCUAUAUUUGCAAGAAAAUGUGUGUGACGCGUAUGAAUUCUGUUGACUUCAUGUUGUAGGAAAAAAUCAGGGCUGCUCACAUCUGUUUGGGGAGUUUUUAUUUUAUAUAUUUAAGCCUUUGAUGCAUUUGAAAGUUUCAAUAGGCGAAAAUGUCCAGGCACCAGGAUCAGAUGUGAUCAGCUGUGAUCAGAUGUGAUCAUGUGAUGAUGUGCCGGGAGCAGACUCUACGAUGACAGGCCCCCGUUUGAUGACAGCGCCUGUAGCUCCCACAGCAGCCUCUCUGUGGAGGCCGGUCCGCUCUCAGAACGCGUGGUCUCGUGUCCCAGCUGGCCCGGCCCACAUGGAAACAGCUGACCAUAGAGCAAAUCACAACCUAAUUCAAUUCCUUGACUUCAUCAGGAUGGAAAAGAGAAGAUACUGAUGUGAGGACGAUAUUAAAAAACAUUUAUGUAAUUAUGGUGGAGGGAUCCUGAAGAGGCAGAUUCAAUGUUUGUUUUUUUUUAUUGAAAUUUGAUGGGAAUUUUUGCGUGUUGCCAUUUCCGUCUCUGAAGCUUCAGCCAACACCAGUCUAUAACAGCCCUGUGGUAAGAAUUAUGGUUCGGAUUGACAAAAAUCCAGUUUGAUUAACAGAUGUGUAUAUGAGGUAGGUUUUGUUUGUUUAAGCUGUACAAGAAGUGCCAAAACAAUGAUUUUACAGCCACUGCAGAAGUGGCCUCUUGUAGGCAGGCAGGGGUCCACGCGGUCCAGCCGUGGGUCCCACGUUCGGCGACUCUCCGCUGGUUGAUUCAUUUCCUUUGCAUGCUACUUCUUGGGCUUCACAGGCGCUCCAGACAAGCCAAAGCGUCUCCCGUGUUUCUAUGGAAGCUAUGCUGCUGGCUGUGGCUCCCUGCGCUGCUCAGAUCACAUCUGACAGCUGACCCCAUCGUCACCUAUGGAGCUAAUGUGCGUUGCGCAGCUUCACGACUCCUCUGCCUCCUGCCUUACAUUAACUCUGUCUCUGCCUACACCUAGUACACACUGUACAUGUGCAUGACCUGACAUGACCCCGUGGCGGCGACGCCACCCUUUCACUGUGACCUGACGCCUCCUCGGUAGCAUCAGCAUGCCUGUCUGUGAGCCAGCCGUACUAACAUAAGUGUGCACCUCCAUAGAGCGGGUGUAAACAUGCAUGUGCUCAGGUGUGUGCUUGUUCUCCUCGUGGCCCGUUACCUCGUCCAGCCGGUCGUUUGAAAUAAGCACGAACUCGGCACAAGCCUGCAGAUGUGCUCUUCCAGAUGGCAACAGGAAAGCGCCCGCGUGGCUUUUAGCGCCGAUCGCCUAUUGCUAGAAGUGAUGUUUCUCAUUCAGAGACAUGAGGCAAUCGCACUGCCGCUGUGGUCGUUUGCUGCUUUCCCGCGAGUCGGGUUUGUAAUUUGAAUAGAUUUGUUUAUUGCUCGCCCACUCUGAAGUAACCUAUGGCUCUUUUGUCACUCAGUCUGUGUUCCCUUUCUUUGUCUUUGAUUCCAAUUAAAAGUACGUAUCAGCAUGAUUAACGGAUUUCAGUGUGAUUUUCAAGGGUCUCUGUCAAGACUGUUUGUUUGUUUGUUUGUUUGUUUGUUUGUUUGUUUGUUUGUUUGUUUACUGCUGGGAGGGGGUUAAUGGCCAGUUCCCAUUGUCCCCACUGUUGCCAUGCUGGAUGAAUGUCUGCUCUGCAUACAUUUCCUUAAACACAUUAAGUUUAAUUGGAAAAUGCCUGUAACAUGAGAUCGCUUCUUUAAAUAGCUUAUAUAUAUAUAUAUAUAUAUAUAUAUAAAUAUAUAUUCAAAGAUAAGGUAUAAACUAUAAAGAAAACCACUUCUGACUUUUUUAUGAAUGUAUUUUGAUUAUGUAAAUGAGCACUAUAACUCUGCUUGAUUUAAAAAGACCAAAAAAAGGCCCAGUCUAUAUCGUGUGUCUCAUAUCGCUGCGGUAUGAAGAUGUAACAGCAGCGUUAAAUAAAUGCAUGGUGGUCUCCUGUUCAUGUUUAGAAGCUCUGUCUAUUUACCAGCACUGUGUCAGUCGGUGAGACUAUCGUGAGGUUGUGCAGCCUUUCUCACAGGGCGCCGGGUGGGAAACAGCGGCUUUCUUCUUUCUGUGUUCGCAUAUCGUUGCUGCUAUUAACAACUCGGAUCUAAUCAGCCUCUGCUACGAUGACCUUUGUUGUGUAAUCGUUUGAGGUAUUUCAUUUUGACUUUGCAUUUACUUACAAAUAAAGAGAAACAUUUACAGAACCCGUCAA